AUGGAAGCAGCAUCUACCUCUGCCCAAGUCCCCUUUGGCGCCGCCUUCCGCAAGGCGCACUUCGCCUUCGGCCCGAAUUACACGCCACUGAACCACGGCUCGUACGGGACCGUCCCGGUAUCGGUGCGGCGCGCCCAUCAGGGUUUCUGCGCCGAAGCCGACGCCGCUCCGGACCCGUUCAUCGCGCUCGAGUUCCACGGCCGGCUUGCGCCGCAGCGGGCUCUAGCUGCCGAGGCUCUUCAUUGUCCAGAUGUCGAUGAGCUUGUGUUCGUGCCGAAUGCGACAACUGGGUCCGACACCGUUCUUAAGAACCUGGAUUGGAAGGCCGGGGAUGUGGUACUCUGCUACGAGCGCAUUUAUGACUCCCUUGGCCGCGGGAUAUCUUGGAUCGAGGAGACGCAUGGGGUUAAGGUGCAUGUUGUGCGUGUUGUGUGGCCCGUGUCGGAUGAUGAUCUCGUGGAGGCUAUGGUCGAUGCAGCGAGGAGUAUUAAUGCGGAGCCGGGGCAGAGAGUACGGCUUGCGGUCGUAGACACGGUUGUGAGUAUGCCUGGAUUCCGGGUACCGUUUGAGCGGUUGGUACCGGCGCUUCAGGCCGAGGGGGCAUUGGUCUUAGUAGAUGGUGCGCACGGGAUCGGACAUGUCGAUAUCGAUCUCACGGCCUUAAACCCCGACUUCUUCGUCACAAAUCUUCAUAAGUGGUUUUUUGUGCCGAGGGGGUGUGCGGCGUUUUACGUCCCCAGUAGGAAUCGUCACUUGAUUCGGACGACGCUACCGACAAGUCACAAGUUCAGGCCUCGGAAAGAGUUGGGUUCGCAGUCGAAAGAUGAGAACGAGGGGCGUCUGUUUGUGGAGAUGUUUGAUUUUACUGCUGCUAUCGACUUCCGUGACAAGAUCUGCGGUGGUGAUGCUGCCAUCAAGAAGUACUGCCACGACGUAGCGCAGCGCAGCGCUGAAACCGCGGCCGAGAUUCUAGGCACCUCUAUCAUGGAUAUUCCAGGAUCCUGUCUGCGAGACUGCUUUUUCGCUAAUGUGCGGCUGCCACUCGAGCUGGGCACUGAUGGUCCUGGCAAGGUUGAUCCAGUGCAUGCGGGCAAGGUCUGCGACUGGUUUAAAGAGACGGGAAGCCGUGAGAGUGGCAUGUACUUCCAGACGGAAUUUUAUAGGGAUAUCUGGUGGUGGCGUAUCAGCGGCAUGGUUUACGUCGACGUAGACGACUAUAGAAGGGGCGCCGAGGUACUAAAGGCGCUUUGUGCAAGGGUUAGGAAUGGCGAGCAUGUUAAGGGAUAG